GUCUCUACCGAAUCGCAGUGCUAGGAGAAUCAGCUCCUUGUGCAAACGUUGUAGAGAAACCACGCUCUUCUUGUAGGUCCUUCAUUCAUUCCUUCCCGCGAGCGGAGGCAAGAAAAAAAACUAACGUGCGCCGGGGGUGGAGAGAAAUAUGCGAAAUGCAAGGUCUCCAUCAUCAGCAGCAGCAGCUCGCAGCGCUCCUGUCCGUCGCCCUCCCCAAAGACGAUUCCUCCUCUCCCUCCGAAGACGACGAUUCCUCCCGACUCACCGCCCUCAACUCACUCCACCGAGCAAUUCUCUAUCCUCCUAACUCGCUCCUCGUCUCUCACUCAUCCUCCUUCCUCUCCCAGGGUUUCUCUCAGCUCCUCUCCGACAAGUCUUACUCAGUGAGGCGGUUAGCUGCAAUUGCAUAUGGUUCUCUGUGUUCUGUAGUGUGUUCAAGCCCAUUGGCAUCAAAUGGGCGGCAAAACCAUGUUAUAACAGGGGGUUUGGCUGAUCGAUUCAUUGCUUGGGCUUUGCCCUUCCUUAGAGAUGUUAGUGCUGGAAAUGGGAUGGUUGAAUUGGCAUUGGAAGGCCUCCGUGAAUUUCUUAAUGUUGGAGAUGCUAGCGGAAUUGAACGAUAUGUUUUGCCUAUUCUCAAAGCCUGUCAGGAACUUCUUGAGGAUGAGAGAACCUCCUUGAACCUGCUCCAUCAACUUCUGGGUCUCUUGACUUUAAUCUCUUUGAAGUUUGGUCGGUGCUUUCAGCCCCAUUUCGUCGACAUUGUAGACCUGCUUCUCGGAUGGGCAUUAGUACCAGACCUUUCGGAAUCAGAUAGACGCAUUAUAAUGGAUAGUUUCUUGCAGUUCCAGAAGCACUGGUUGAGUAACUUGCAGUUUUCACUGGGAUUGCUGUCAAAAUUUUUAGGCAACAUGGAAGUUCUACUUCAGGACAGCAGUUUGGGGACCCUGAAACAGUUCCGGAGAUUGCUGGCUCUGCUGUCUUGUUUCUCUACAGUUUUGCAGGUCACUGCUUCUGGUAUGCUAGAAAUGAAUCUACUAGAGCAAAUCCGAGAACCCCUUACCAGGAUGCUUCCUCAGUUGUUGUCAUGCCUCUCUAUGGUUGGCAAGAAAUUUGGGUGGUCAAAAUGGGUAAGAGAAUGCUGGGGGUGCUUAGUUCUAUUGGCUGAAAUAUUGUGUGAAAAGCUCGCCACGUUUUAUCCAGAGGCUUUUGAUAUCUUGUUUCAAUGCUUGAGAGAGGACAAUGCUGUUCCCACUGGAGGACUUGGCAAGGUUCCUUCCUCCCAGGUGCACGGGGUGCUAAAAACAAACCUGCAAUUGCUAUCUCUUCAAAAGCUCGGUCUCCUCCCAUCAUCUGUUCAGAAGCUACUGCUGUUCAAUUCGCCAUUAUCCCAGCUGCGUUUGCAUCCAAAUCACCUUGUGACGGGAACGGUAGCUGCCACUUAUCUUUUUUUGCUUCAACAUGGGUGUGAUGGAGUUGUUGGACAGGCCAUUUCAUCUUUGAUUGCAGAGUUGGGGUUACUGAAAGGUAUGCUUGAGAAGAAAUGGAAUAAUGGGAAUGUUCAGCUGUCUAACAUAACCGAUAAUUCCAAUGGGAAGUUGUCGAAUAGCCAAGGGUAUUCGGACAUUGAGUUGGUUGCUUUGGUUAAAUUCGAUUUGAAAAUCUUGCUAAGUUGUGUUGGCUCAAGUACUGGUGGGAGUAUGCUCGACCAGAUGGACGUUACUGCUUCUCGCCAUGAGGGGUCAGCGAAGCUUGCAUCUUUUAUUUUUGAAAAGUUGAAUCCUUUUGAGUUCCCCAUUCAAGGUUGUGUGGAGUUGCAAGUGCAUGUCGUGAGGACAUUGCGUAAGCUCAGCGAAGUUGAAUACUUGAGUAAAUCUGCUAUGAGUAAAAAUUCUCAGAAGAUGGCCUCAGCUGAUAUUGAUUUCAAUAAUGGGCAUUAUUUUGUUAUUCUUGAGUAUUUGAGGAAGUAUAGUACAUAUAUCGUUAGAGCUCUCGAUGCUUCUUCUCCCCUCACAGUUAAACUAGAAGCCCUAGAAUGGAUCCGUAGCUUUUGUGGGUCCAUCAUAACUAUGAAUAAGGAGUUGAAUAUGACCAAUUAUUUUUCUGAAGUGCGUGAAUAUGUCAGUAUCAACAAUACUAUGCUUUUCUCAGUUUUGGAUGCAGCAUCGGAUAGAGAGUUGAAGGUGAGGUCUCAUGUCGCAACCGUCUUGGAAUUACUUCUGCUUGCAGGGCUUAUUCAUCCUGGAAAAUUUUACUCUGUAACAGAAGCUAUCCUUGAAAGACUUGGGGAUCCGGACAGUGCUAUAAAAAAUGCAUUUGUGAGGUUACUUUCGAUUGCCUUGCCCAUUACAAUUUAUGAAUGUGGUGCUUUCGAGGAUGAAGUUGGUAGUCCUUGUAGGCAUGGUGGUAUUGGGUCAUCAGUCAAUAGACCAUGCUUGCACUGGAAGCAAGUGUUUGCACUAAAGCAGCUGCCCCGGCAACUUCACUCACAGCAGCUUGUAUCCAUUUUGACUUACAUUUCACAAAGGUGGAAGGUUCCUCUUUCUUCAUGGAUCCAACGGCUUGUUUUUAGCUGUCAUGCUGCUAAGGACUUUGUUUCCAGUCAGCUAGAAGAAACGGGAAGCCUUAGUGCCAAUGGUCUAUGGAUGGAUUUAAAAGUAGAUGGGAAUGUGCUGGAUAAGGUUUGCUCGGUAAACAAUCUGGCGGCUGCUUGGUGGGCCAUACAGGAAGCAGCCCGACACUGUAUUUCAGUUCGCCUUCGGACCAACCUUGGUGGACCCACCCAGACGUUUGCAGCUUUAGAACGGAUGCUUUUAGAUGUGGCACAUGUGCUUCAGCUAGACUCCGAACAAAAUGAAGGCAACUUGAAUAUCAGCUCUUCCAGUGCUCACCUGUUGCCAAUGCGGUUACUGUUGGAUUUUGUUGAAGCUCUGAAGAAAAAUGUCUAUAAUGCUUAUGAUGGGUCUUCUGUCUUACCAUGUGCACCCCGCCAGAGUUCCUUGUUCUUUCGGGCGAACAAGAAGGUCUGUGAAGAGUGGUUUUCACGCAUGUGCGAGCCAAUGAUGAAUGCUGGAUUGGCACUGCAGUGUCAUGCUGCUACUGUUAACUACUGCAUGCUACGUUUGCAAGACUUUCGAAAUCUAGUUGUGUCAUCUUUGAAGGAUAAAUCCCGCACACAAGUAGCUGACAAUCUCCAUAACCUUAAAACCCGAUUCGCGGGAGAUGUCUUGCGGAUCCUAAGGCAUAUGGCCUUGGCCUUGUGUAGGAGUCAUGAACCAGAGGCUUUGAUUGGUCUUCAAAAAUGGGUGGCGAUGACAUUUUCACCAUUGUUUGUGGAGGAAUCCCAGCUCAUCCCUGGCCAUACUGGAAGCUUGGGACCUUUCUCAUGGAUCAUUGGACUUGUCUAUCAGGCACGGGGCCAGUAUGAAAAGGCUGCGGCCCACUUUUAUCACUUGCUCCAGACUGAGGAAGCACUCAGUUCUAUGGGUUCUGAUGGCGUACAGUUUGCUAUAGCACGUAUCAUUGAGAGUUAUACUGCAGUAUCUGAUUGGAAGUCUUUGGAAACAUGGCUUCUAGAGCUACAGGCACUCCGGGCAAAGCAUGCUGGGAAAAGCUAUUCUGGUGCUUUGACAACAGCUGGGAACGAAAUGAAUGCAAUCCUUGCUUUAGCGCGCUUUGACGAAGGCGAUACUCAAGCAGCAUGGGGCUAUCUUGAUUUGACUCCUAAAAGCAGCAAUGAACUUGCACUCAAUCCUAAACUCGCUUUGCAGAGAAGCGAGCAGAUGCUUUUGCAGGCAAUGCUUGGAAGGGAGGGGAAGCUAGAUAAGGUAUCUGAGGAAAUGGGAAAGGCCAAGUUGAUGCUGGAGGAGGCUCUGUCUGUCAUUCCCCUAGAUGGGUUGACUGAGACCGCAGCUUAUGCCACCCAGCUUCAUUGCAUUUUUGCUGUAGAAGAAGGUUGCAGGACUAAUAUACAAGGUGACACAAAACAAAAUCCAUCUCUUUUAAGUUCAUUACGCCAAGUUGUGGAAUUGCCAUUUAAUACAGUUCAUCAAGACUGCAGUUCGUGGUUAAAGGUUUUGCGGGUCUAUCGCACUAUCAUGCCAAACUCACCUGUAACUCUUCAACUCACUCAGAAACUGAUUGGGUUGGCUCGCAAGCAGAAAAAUUUCAUGAUGGCCCAUCGUUUGAACCAGCACCUCAAAAAUCAUCUCUUGGCUGAAGGGGAGUAUAAUUUGCUUACUAAAAAUUUGCAGUAUGAGAGCAUCCUACUUAUGUAUGCAGAGGAUAAGCAAGAAGAUGCUCUGAUGAAUCUGUGGUCAUUGGUUAAAACUUAUAUGUUGUCUCCAACAAUGAUAGUUUCAGGCACUGAUAAGACACUGAAGGCCAAGGCAUGCUUGAAACUCGCAACUUGGUUGAGACGAGGGUAUUCGAGUAGGAAUUUCCAGGAUGUUCUUCAGAAGAUGCAUUCCGAUUUCACAGAGGUCAAGAAAUCUGGUGCUUCAUCCCUCGACGGCGAUGAUAACUUAACCUCCAACAUGAACUGUGGUCUGAUACUUGAGGAAGUUGUGGGUAUGGCCACAAAAAUUUCUUCUAUUCUUUGUCCCAUGAUGGGCAAGUCAUGGCUUUCUUAUGCCUCUUGGUGUUAUAGUCAAGCCCAAGUUUCCCUUUCUAUUCCUGAUACUGCCCUCCACUCUUGCACUUUGUCUCCUGUUCUUCUUCCCGAACUUCCGUCAGACAGGUUUCGGCUGACGGAAGAAGAGAUAUCAAGAGUGGAAGCAAUCAUAUUGAAGCUUUUCAGUAACAGUCGAGAUUUGGAGGAUGCAAAUGAUGCUGGUGAAGAACAUAUUAUUUGGCCUGGGUCUGCCGAGCAUUUGAAAAAUGAGGCUUCUGUGAAGGCUUUGGUGCAGAGUGCAGUAUAUUUGAUUGAAGCAGCAGCUGGGGCGCCUGCAGUGGAAAGCUCCAAUGGUGAAUUCCCAUCUGCUGUACUAACUUCUCAGUUGCAGAUGUCUUUCCUCCAUGCAAAUGCUGGCGUAGAGAAAGCUGGCAUCUUAGCUUCAAUUAGUGAGCUGGUUGAUGUUUGGUGGUCGUUAAGGCGGAGAAGGCUCUCGCUCUUUGGACAUGCUGCUCAUGGAUAUUUGCAAUUCCUUUCUCAUUUGUCCUCCAGACUUCAGGGGAGUCGGGGGGCAAGCUCUCAUCUUGAUUUCACAAAGCAAAAGGCUGGAAACUGCACUCUCAGGGCAUCGUUGUAUGUGCUACAUAUUCUUCUGAACUAUGGAGUAGAAUUAAGAGAUACACUUGAACCAGGUCUUGCCACAGUUCCUCUGCUGCCAUGGCAGGAAAUUACACCCCAGUUAUUUGCUCGGUUAAGUUCUCAUCCCGAGCAAGUGGUCCGGAAACAAUUGGAAGGCUUGUUGAUGAUGCUGGCCAAGCUAUCUCCCUGGUCUAUUGUGUACCCUACACUUGUUGAUGUAAAUGCUUAUGAAGGGGAGCCUUCAGAGGAGCUUCAACACAUAAUUGGCUGUUUGGGCAAGCUUUAUCCGAGAUUAAUUCAAGAUGUUCAACUUGUGAUAAAUGAACUAGGUGUAGUGACUGUUCUAUGGGAAGAACAGUGGUUGAGCACGCUUCAAGAUCUCCAUACAGAUGUCAUAAGGCGGAUCAAUAUGCUGAAAGAGGAAGCUGCACGUAUUGCAGAGAAUUCCACUCUUAGUCACAGCGAAAAGAACAAAAUAAAUGCUGCAAAAUACUCUGCUAUGAUGGCUCCUAUUAUUGUGGCAUUGGAGCGCCGUCUGGCUUCCACUUCCCGAAAGCCAGAAACUGCCCACGAGAUGUGGUUCCACGAGGAGUACGGGGAGCAACUGAAAUCAGCCAUCUCAACCUUCAAGACUCCUCCUGCAUCUGCAUCAGCACUUGGAGAUGUAUGGCGACCAUUCGGUGCUAUUGCAGCUUCAUUAGCAGCCCAUCAGAGGAAGUCAUCAGUUUCUUUGAGUGAUGUGGCCCCACAACUGGCGCAGCUCCCAUCCUCUGAUGUUCCAAUGCCCGGACUCGAGAAGCAAAUCUCAAUGCUGGAUUCCGCUGGUGGUCCCACCACUGAUCUUCAAGGCAUAGUCACAAUUUCUUCUUUCUGUGACCAAGUGACUAUUUUAUCAACCAAGACAAAACCCAAGAAACUUGUUAUACUAGGAUCAGACGGUCAAAAGUACACCUAUCUUCUUAAGGGGCGAGAGGAUCUGCGUCUCGAUGCUAGAAUCAUGCAGCUGUUGCAAGCUAUUAACAGUUUUCUUUAUGCAUGUACUGAUACUCGUAGCCGUUCCCUUGCCAUUCGUUACUACUCUGUGACGCCAAUUAGUGGGCGGGCCGGUCUCAUCCGUUGGGUAGAUAAUGUCAUAAGCAUAUAUAGCAUCUUCAAGUCUUGGCAGAACAGAGUCCAGCUAGCACAGCUCUCUGCAAUGGGUGCUGGCAAUGUGAAUAAUGCUACUGUUCCACCAGUUCCACGGCCGAGCGAUAUGUUCUAUGGGAAGAUCAUACCUGCAUUAAAAGAGAAGGGCAUACGUAGAGUAAUCUCACGAAGAGACUGGCCUCAUGAUGUCAAAAGAAAGGUUCUUUUGGAGCUUAUGAAAGAGACUCCAAAGCAUAUUCUUCAUCAGGAAAUUUGGUGUUCUAGUGAAGGAUUCAAAGCUUUCAGUUCAAAGUUGAAGAGGUUUUCUGGUAGUGUAGCGGCCAUGAGCAUGGUGGGCCACAUUCUGGGUCUAGGUGAUAGACAUUUGGAUAAUAUUCUCAUCGAUUUCCAUAGUGGUGAUGUUGUCCAUAUAGACUACAACGUUUGUUUUGAUAAAGGGCAAAGAUUGAAAAUUCCCGAGAUUGUGCCCUUCCGCCUUACCCAGACAAUCGAAACAGCAUUAGGAUUGACAGGAAUUGAAGGUAUGUACAGGGCAAACUGUGAGGCUGUUCUUGGCGUUCUCCGGAAGAAUAAAGAUAUAAUCUUAAUGCUGUUGGAAGUAUUUGUUUGGGACCCACUCGUAGAGUGGACACGUGGAGAUGGCCAUGAUGAAGCAGUGAUUGGUGGUGAAGAAAGAAAGGGCAUGGAGUUGGCAGUUAGCUUGAGUUUAUUUGCCUCUCGAGUGCAAGAAAUCCGCGUUCCUUUACAGGAACAUCACGAUCUUUUGCUGUCUACCAUACCGGCUGCUGACUCUGCACUUGAGAGGUUUUCAGAUGUGUUAAACCAAUAUGAGGUCGUCUCUGCUCUGUUUUAUCGCGCCGAUCAGGAGAGAUCAAACCUCCUCCUUCAUGAGACAUCUGCAAAGUCAAUUGUGGCUGAAGUAACCUGUAAUUCAGAAAAAACCCGUACCUCUUUUGAAGUACAAGCUCGUGAGUUUGCUCAAGCAAAAGCCGCUGCAGCUGAGAAAGCCCAAGAAGCAGUCAUUUGGAUGGAGCAACAUGGAAGAGUCCUUGACGCAUUACGGAGCGGCUCGAUUCCAGAAGUCCAAGCAUGCAUGGAACUCAGUAGUAUGGAAGAGGCUUUAUCUCUUACAUCUGCAGUUGUGGUGGCAGGUGUCCCGCUGACAAUUGUUCCGGAGCCCACACAAGCACAAUGCCAUGAUCUGGAUAGGGAAGUUUCUCAGCUCAUUACUGAGUUGGAUGGUGGGCUUUCUUGUGCAAUAACUGCACUCCAGGCAUAUGCCUUAGCAUUACAAAGAGUCCUUCCAUUAAAUUACAUUACGACUAGUCCGGUGCAUGGUUGGGCCCAGGUUCUGCAACUAUCAGUUACUAACCUUUCCUCCGAUACUCUCGAUCUUGCUGGCAGACAGGCUGCUGACCUUAUUGCAAAGGCCCAAGGGAACGGUCUAGAUUCCAUUAGGCAAAGGUAUGAAGACCUGUGUGUUAACGUGGAGAAAUAUGUAACAAAAAUAGAGAAAGUUGAAGAAGAGUGUUCUGAACUGGUGAGCUCUAUUGGAACAGAUACGGAAGCAAAAUCCAAGGACCGCUUGCUAUCUGCUUUCACAAAAUAUAUGCAAUCUGCAGGAUAUUCAAGGAAAGAAGAUGACAGGGUGAAGGAUCUUAAAGGAGAUGUUGAAGAGAAGAAGGCAAAGGUGUUGUCGGUUUUAUACAUUGCUGCGGGUGCACUGUAUGAUGAGGUUAAAGGCAAGGUGCUUGACAUCUCAAGUAAAUCCUCUGGCCAAAUUGGCUCGAUACCUGGAGAAGAUAGUCUAAGCCCUAAUAUAGGAAUUACUUUCGGUGAAUUUGAAGAGCAGAUAGAGAAGUGUGCCCUUGUUUCAGGGUUUGUACACGAACUUCAGCAGUUGAUUGGUGUGGAUUUAGCACAUGUGGGUACAGAUAUGGACACAAUAAAAUACCCUUCCCUAGGAAAUUGGGCUUCUAUUUUUCAAGCCAGUAUACUUUCCUGUAGGAUUUUGGUUGGGCAGAUGAUGGAAGUUGUACUCCCGGAGAUAAUAAGAUCAGUUGUUUCAUACAACUCAGAGGUAAUGGACGCCUUCGGGUCUCUUUCGCAAAUCCGCGGUUCCAUUGAUACAGCUCUGGAACAGCUUGUAGAGGUCGAAUUAGAAAGAGCAUCUCUAGCAGAACUUGAGCAAAACUACUUUGCGGACGUUGGGCUCAUCACAGAGCGGCAAUUGGCUUUUGAAGAAGCUGCUUUGAAGGGUAGGGAUCAUCUGUCAUGGGAAGAGGCCGAAGAGCUUGCGACACAAGAAGAAGCUUGUAGAGCACAGUUGGAGCAGCUCCAUCAAACAUGGAACCAGAAAGACAUGCGCAAUUCUUCUCUGGCAAAGAGGGAAGCUAAUCUUAGAAAUUCACUGACUUCUGCUGAACGGCGGUUUUCAUCUUUAAUAAGCGUUGAACAAAGUGGUGAUUUGCGGGUCAUGAGAAGCAAGGCCCUUCUUGCCACAUUGGCAAAACCCUUCGCCGAGUUGGACUCCAUUGAUCAAAUUUUAUCUUCUUUUGUUACCAAUGAUUCCUAUGCCUCAUCUUCAUUUAGUUUAGCGGAUAUGAUGACAUCUGGAUAUUCGCUAUCAGAAUCAAUCUGGAAAUUUGCAAGCUUAUUGAACAACCAUUCCUUCUUUAUUUGGAAAAUUGGUAUCGUGGACUCCUUCCUUGAUUCAUGCAUACAUGACAUAUCUUCUUCUGUUGAUCAUAACUUGGGUUUUGAUCAGCUCUACAAUAUCCUGAAGAAGAAGCUUGAAGUUCAGCUUCAAGAACGUGUGAGUCAGUACUUACAAGAACGCGUUGCUCCAGUUCUCUUGUUGCGGUUGGAGAAAGAAAAUGAGAAUUUGAAACAACUAACAGAAGCAACAAAAGAUUUCAUCUCAGAUGAAGUGAAAAGAGAUGUUGGAGCCGUGAAGAAAGUGCAGCGGGCACUCGAAGAAUACUGUGAUGCCCACGAGACUGCUAGGGCUGCAAGGUCGGCAGUUUCUCUUAUGAAAAGGCAAGUGAGUGAGCUCACCGAGACACUUCGCAAGACAAGCUUAGAGAUUGUUCAGAUGGAAUGGCUGCAUGACCUUUCCUUGCCAUACCUACGUAAAAACCAGGCCAUAUCUCUGAAUUACCUCGGUGAUGAUAAGUUAUCUCCCACAAUCCUCAAUCUUAACAGAUCCAAAUUGUUGGAAAGUAUACAGUCCGCCAUGUCUACUAUAGCUAAAUCAGUGGAGUGCCUCCAAGCCUGUGAAAGGACUUCUGUGUCGGCAGAAGGGCAGCUUGAAAGAGCCAUGGGAUGGGCUUGUGCAGGCCCAAGUACCAGCAAUUCAUUGGUCAAGAACUCUGGAAUACCACCUGAAUUCCAUGAUCAUCUAAUGAGACGUAGACAGUUACUAUGGGCUACUCGAGAACAGGCAUCGGAUAUUAUCAAGAUUUGCACGUCUGUGAUGGAGUUUGAAGCAUCUAGAGAUGGUCUUUUCAGGAUGCCAGGGGAAUUAUCUUCUGGUAGGACUCCUGGCGAUGGCAGAACAUGGCAGCAAACUUAUUUGAGUGCUCUAACGAGAUUAGAUGUUACUUACCAUUCUUUUACACGUGCUGAACAAGACUGGAAGCUGGCACAAACUAGCAUGGAAGCUGCUGCUAAUGGCUUGUUUUCCGCAACCAAUGAACUACAUAUCGCCUCUGUAAAAGCAAAAUCAGCUUCAGGUGAUCUACAAGGCACACUCGCAGCCAUGCAGGAUUGUGCCUAUGAAGCUAGUGUGGCAUUGUCAGCAUUUGGUCGUGUCACAAGGGGGCACACUGCCCUGACUUCUGAAUGUGGAUCCAUGCUUGAAGAGGUUCUGGCGAUAACCAAGGGCCUACAUGAUGUUUACAGUUUGGGAAAAGAAGCUGCUUCAGUGCAUGCUGCUCUUAUGGAAGAUCUUUCAAAGGCAAGCAUGAUCCUCCCACUCGAAUCAAUGCUAUCAAAAGAUGUAGCUGCUAUGGCGGAUGCAAUUUCAAGGGAAUUAGAGAACCAGAGGGAAAUCUCUCCCAUACAUGGACAAGCCCUAUACAAGUCUUAUUGUUUAAAGCUUAGGGAGGCUUGUCAAUCUUUAAGACCCUUGGUGCCAUCGCUUACAUACUCUGUGAAGGAACUCCAUGCCUUGUUGACCAGGCUUGCACGAACUGCAAGUAUCCAUGCUGGGAAUCUCCACAAAGCGCUUGAAGGCCUUGGAGAUAGCCAGGUGGUAAGGUCUCAGGAAAUUGCUUUAUCAAGGUCAGAACUUGCAGAUGAAGUGGCUUUGUUCGACAAGGAGAACACUCUCUUCUCAGGAGGCAAUGGAGGCGGGGUUGGUGAGUUUACAGGUGUGGAUGGAAUUUCUUCCCAAGAGGAAAGGUGGAUUUCUCCUCCUGAUAGCAUCUACAGUAGCAGCACCCAAUCUAGUGUUACCUCAAUAGGAGCAACUACUCCAGAUGACUCUGGCAGUCAAGCAAAUUUGAUGGAACGGGUUUUCCAUGGUGGUAAUGCUGGAGAGUCUGUAGAAGAUCCAAAGUCAAUUCUGUCCUCCAUUACUGACCUCCAAGAAAGCUCAUUUGCUGAGAAGUCGGAAGAUCAGUGCACGAAAGAUGAAGAUGGUGGUAAUAUUUCUGACGAUGUGGCAACGCAUGACCCAAGCGAACAUUUUCGAGCUUUGACAUUGUCAAAUGAAGCCGCAGCCACCAAUCCUGGUCCUUCGUAUGAUGAGAAGAAGGCAAUCUCUGAGGAGGUGAAUUCUUCGGAUGGCAAAAGUGAAGCUUUUACGUCAAACCAAGCCAAGGUGCAAGGUGCGGAUGAGUGUGCUGAUUCCGCAACUCGAGUCUCUAGGGGUAAGAACGCUUAUGCUUUAUCUGUGUUGAGGCGUAUAGAGAUGAAACUAGAUGGCCAGGAUAUCGAAGAGAACAGGCAAAUGAAUAUAUCAGAGCAAGUGGACCAUCUUCUUAAGCAGGCCACAAGCAUAGACAAUCUUUGUAACAUGUACGAGGGAUGGACGCCUUGGAUUUGAUGGGCGUAUUCGGUUCGAGACGCCGAUUCUGUAUAUAUAUUUUGUAGCAAUUACUCCCAUAUUAGAAUGGGAUUCGAGGCUGUAAAAUGUGAAAGAGAUAAAAUCAUUUGUUGUACUUGUAAUUACCGCUGCGUGAUUUAGGUGCAUGCUGUGUAAAUCUUGGAUAUGUUGGGGCCCA